AUGGCACACCAAGAUGAUGGCACUAACACUGCUGAUCACGACGAUGCGCUAGCACAAGCUAUGGAUGAAGAGUUCGAGGAAGCAAGAGAUGGCAACACGUCUGUUUCACCUGAAGAUGAGAGAAGUCAACGCCUGUUUCCGGACAGCGAGCCGCUAGAUCCACCGUAUGGUUUGCGAGCGACUGGGGCAUCUUUAGAGUUUGGUCUGGAUGCUGCAGCACUUGGGUUGCUGGAUGGGGGCUCGGGUAGCUCAACAGAACAGACGGCAACAAGACACUUCAGUCCUCAGAGUGAUCAUGAGUUGAUUCCAGCCACAGAAGAGCCACGAUCAGUGGCCGCAGGCAGGAUGCCUCAAGUUACGGCGCCGCCACCAGCGGUGACGAAUGAUCUCAUGGGACAGUUGAGUGCUAUGCUACAGCAGACGCUGCAGAGCCAUGUGGCUCCUGCUCUAGAUCGUAUGAUGAUGAGUCAGGCUGCGGUCAUGUCCCGACUGGACAGGUUGGAGAGUGAGAGAGACUCCCAAGUGCCGUUGACGGCGCAAGGCGAGCAUGUAUUGGCCAUGCUUCAGUCGUUGGAGGUGGGCUCCAAGCCAAGUGCUAGUGGGGCUAAUGCAGAUGCAGCGUUGAAGCAACCCACUACCGUUCCAGCGGGUGUUUUGCCUGAGUCAGCGGUUGGGGUUCAGGAUACUUGUUUGCAUCAUGCGCGGGAUUUGGCAUCCAAGGGCAAUGGUUCCGCUCACGUUCAGGCCCCAACGCAUCAAAACAAGGGUGUGACGGUGGUGGAGGGCGGUGAGGCUUCAGGGAUCAGGGGUUUCGGAUUGGAUCCCUCGCCGGGAAUCGGCGAGAAGCCGGAGGAGCCUACCAAAACCUCGCUGGAGCUUCCUAAAUUGGACAAAUACAACCCAUCCACAUCAGCCAUCGUAGCAGGGGAUUGGCUUAUCUCGUUGACGCCAGUGAUUACUUCGCUGUCCGCUUCUGCUUGGGUGUUUUGGGAGGACUGUGUAAGCACGGCCAAGCUGUUCUAUGGCCGAUGGUUAUCCUCUUCCCCACUGGAGAGACUACAUAUCCAGGCGGAGGUCUUGGUAAACAGGUACCGCGAUGGAAAGUUCUCGAGGGUUGAUCAACGGGCGGUCAGUUUGUUGUUGGCUGCAGUGGGUAAUGAGCUGAAGGAUGAUCUGAUCUCUCUUCGCUUGCUGGGUACAUGCGCUAUUGUGUUCAAGGUUAUGGCGAAAUAUCAACCGGGAGGAGCUGCAGAGAAACAGCAACUUCUGUCGUUUCUAGUCACCCCUGAAAACGUCACCACAAGCGCUGCAUCAGUUAAAGCACUGCGGAAAUGGCGUCGUUGGUUAGCCCGUGCUCGUGAACUCCAGGUAAUCGUUCCUGACCCUAGCCUUCAGCUCAAGGGUCUUGAAAGGCUCGCCCCGACAUUGUCCGAUACAGCAGCCUUCCGAGUACAAACCUUCCGAACGCAGGCUCUGCUCGACCAGGCUCCAACUCAACAGACGGUUUUGCAGUUUUCAGAGCUCCUGCUUGCAGAGGCCGAGGAGGCGGUGUUGUCAGAAGCUGCAGACAAGGGUGGAGCGAGGCAGACGGUAGCUAAGGCGGAUGAGGUGCCAGGAAAGGGAGGAAAGGUUGGGAAGGAAGGAAAGGGUGCAUCAAAGGGGGCUGCCAAGGUGGAUGGUGUAAAACAACUUUGUCGGCUCUGGAGAACCGAUGACGGGUGUAGGUAUGGGAAGUCUUGUACGUUUGCGCAUGAUGCCCUCACCCCUGCCGAUAAGAGGUGUUUCAACUGCAGUAGCACAAAGCACCGAAAGCCAGAUUGUCCGUUCCCGCGUGCGCAAGCCGAGCCCGGUGGGAAGCCAGGGAAAGGUAGCCAAAAGGGGAAAUCAGGGGAUGAGGUUAUGAAGGCUCAGGAUAAGGGGGCUAGUGAAACCGACAAGUCGGCUCGUGACGAGCUGAUUGCACGGGCCAACGCGGUGUUGGAAUCUAUUCAAACCUCAAUCAAGGCCUUGCAGCUAGGUUCGAAAUACCCGCCGAAGCCAGGUCCCCGCGAUGAAACAGGUCUGAUAGACUCCGGUGCCACAACAUGCAUGCGCAUGCGUAGGGAAGAUGAGCAGCCAGUUGGAGAGAAGACGGUUUCGCUCGCGCAGGGAGAAGUUCAGAUGGGAUUCAGUGCCGGGGGAGUUUUACUUGCUAACGAAGAAGUUGAACCCAUCGUUUCACUCCGACAGCUCAUCACCAUCGGCUUUCGUCUGGUUUGGUCCAAGAGGGCAUGUCAACUGUUCGAUGAAGAGGGUUACUCGGUUCCUUUGUCCACGGCUUCCGGCUGUCCGAGGGUGUGUAAGGCUGUAGCGCAAAACCUGAUUGACCGCAUCGAAACUUUCAACCUUCACGGGUAUGGUGAAGAUCAGCUUGCUAUGAUGCGUGAUGCUGAUGCGGUGUCCUGGGAGGCAGUCAUGUGUAAAGUAGCCGAGAGUGUGAGAGAAGGUAGGUCAAGGGAUGCUAAAAUGUGGCAUGAGAUUUUAUGUGAGAAGCUCUUUCCGGAAUUCCCACGAGAGGCUGCCCAAGCAGUGUCUUUGAUCUCACAGGGGCAUGAGUUUGACGCGGUAGCCGCGAAGCAUGGGGCUAAGGUUGUAGCCAUAGACUCCACUGAAGACCUUAACGAUCCGGCUACGUACACAUACUUGCUGAAGCAGGCGCUCGCUGGUAAGGUAAGGAUGAAGGACCACCAGUGGUUCGGGCGCGGUAUGGGGUUGAAAGGGUUAGUUCAAGCAGUAGAAGAGUACCUGGAUGCUGCUCUUCAACAGGGGCCCACCGUAGAAGGUAUGCGGAGGCUUCAGGUACAGCAAUCCAUGAAGGACCACGUGUUAGCUGGACAUGUCCCCUACCGUAAGGACUGCUACGCGUGUGUAGCGGGAAGAGCGAAGAAACAGAAUCAUUACAGACAGACGGUGAGCGAUUCGUUUGUGCUGUCGGUUGAUCUCGCAGGACCUUUUAAGCGCGGUACUCAUGAGGGUGCGAAGGCAAGCUACUUCCUUGCGGCAGUUUUCUCCGUACCUAGGGCGCCAGAGCUAAACGGGUCUAGAGUGGAUAAGCCUGAGGCAGAUGUAGCAGCUGUUCCGGGGGAGCCAGGGGAGUGGGAGAAUGCGGAUGACGACGAUCGUGAUGACGAUGAUGGUGGAGGCGUGGGCCCUAUUGAGCUUGAUGACGCCCCGGUGGAGCCAGAGCCACAACCGCUAGAACAGCUAGAGCUAGUUCACUUGCCGUUCGUCGUUCCCAAUAAGGGGGGAGGGAUUUGGGUGCAGGAUGAAAGCGGGGCUGAUCGGAGGUGGGUCACGCCCAAGCAACAAGCACCAGGCACUGUUCAUGACCUCACUCCCCUAUGUCCCUUCCUUUUGAACCCUCACAAGUGGCAUGCUACAGAAGACUGGAGUGAAGGGUCACGCAUUUUGCUGGUAGCUUACAGCUUGAAGGGUCUUGAGAGAGUCACUGAGCAGCAGCUUCAGCGGUUGCGUGAUGUCGGAUUCCAGCUGACUGCUGGCGAUUGCCAGCAGGGGGGAGACCUAGAGCAACGCAUUGAAGAAAACGUUUUCAAAGCCCCAGAGCAGGUUCUCCAAGGAUCCGAUGAAACAGCUUCAGAGUGUCAUGAUGUUCGCGCUCCGAGGGUGAGGGAUCUUCAGAAAGAAGAGAUGCGAUCAGGGCUAACGCUUGUCCAACGGCGAAGGCUCACAAAUCAGCUGAAAGCCGGUGAUAUCGUUGCUGUCCCAGCUAUGUAUGCUAGAUACGGUGAUGAGGAAGGGUCUUUCUCGAGUUUGGUGCGGAAUCAGAAUGCUCCGGAUCCCUACCCAUGGUUAGACCCAGCGAAUGCAGGGAAGUUCGCAGCUGCGGGUGAAAGUCGUCGGCGAUGUCGAGAUGAGGGUCGUAGUGAUGCUCAGUGUUGUGAUGAGGGUCGUGGUGAGACUCCAUGUCGUGAUGAGGGUCGUGGUGAUGCUCAGUGUCGUAAUGAGGGUCGUGGUGAGACUCCAUGUCGUGAGGAGGGUCGUGGUGAGACUCAGUGUCGUGAGGAGGGUCGUGGUGAUUCUCCGUGUUUUGAUGGCCGUCGUGGUGACUCUUCGUGUGAUCGUGAUGACACCAGAGAGACAGAGGUUGAAAGCCAGGGCAUCUUGAAGGGUGUAGGAAAGUUGAAACAGAAGUGUGUGCAUUGGGCGCCAGGUCUAGUUGAGGGUCCAGUGGUUUCGAGUGGUACAAGUGGGUUUUCCGGUAGGUCCUUCAGGUGCAAGGCGUGUGAAAGUGAUGUAGCUGGACUUUGCUCAAUCUGUGAAAGACAUGUUGUUGAGUAUGCAGAGAGCGAUUUAAAGGCUCCGCCUUCCCUUGGCCGGCCAGGCAGCGCUGGGUGGGAGGAUGUGAGCUGUGACCCACUUGGGGUGGGUGCGCGUGUGGGGCAUAAGGGUGGUCUAAACCCUCUGAAUGCCGAUUUUUCCGAGGAUUGCGAGUUGGUGGACGUGUCCGUGACGAGUAAUCUUCUGUUUUGUGAGCCUACUUGUGUCGAGUGGGAGAGCAUUGUAGGUCGAGCUUCGGAUCGUGAGGUUGGACCUGAUGAUCAUGAUAGCUCGGGUGAAACUUGGGUUGGGGUCGGUGAGGCCUCUGAGUCUUUUGACCCUGAUGGGCAGCAGAUCGCCCUCAAGGCGUUGCUGAGUCGGGAGUGUAAGCUCCAAGAUCGGAGUGGGGUAGCCGGGGAUAGUGACCGUGAGGGUUAUAUUCAUGGGCUGUCUUCCACGAUCAAGCGUUUAGAAGAGAGGUGUUGCAAGGCCGAUGACGGUGUCGAGUAUUCCACGCUCCCCGAUGCGGAAGUGCUAACUACUCACACUGUUCCGUUGGAAGAAGUUGAGAGGCAUUACAGUUUGUGGUCCGCGGCAGUCCAGGCAGAACUUGAUUCGUUGGUUCAUGAAAAGCAGGCGGUAAGGGUGAUCACCAGCGCUGAAAUGCAAGCAAUGCAAGAAAAGGGAACAUGCGUGACCAUUAUUCCUAGCAAGAUGGUGUUUACCCGAAAGGCUGGUGGGCGCCAUAAGGCACGGUUGGUAGCCUGUGGAAAUCAUCUAGAUGGGCAGGGCCAGGCUAAGGGUAAGCAGUCACCAUCCAAGGCAAACCUGUAUGCUGGAGGAAUCGACCCUUCAGUGAUGCGCCAAGCGGCAUCGAUUGCGGUUAAGAGAGCCUGGAAGGGGGGAGCUACAGAUAUCACUACAGCGUUUUUGAACGCCGAGCUGCUUGAUCGAGUGAAUCCUCGUUCCUCCCCACCUCCUUUGUCCUUGGAUGUCCCAACUGAGGUGAUUGUAUUGAAGAUUCCGAGCAUUGUGCAUAGACAUGGACAUGUUGAUCGAUCAUGCUUCAUGCUGGUGUGUAAGGCACUGUAUGGGUUGGAUCAAUCCCCAAGAGACUGGUCUAUCAAGAGGGACAGUGAGAUUGAGGGCAUGUCAUGCCAAGUCGAUGGGGUCACAUGCAUGUUUGAGCAGAGUUUGGUCGACUCUAAUUUGUGGUACCUUCGGAGAGUGCCUAAAGAUGGAGAGAGCCACAGUUGGAGAGAGCCUGUUGCAUGCAUGUUGGUGUAUGUCGAUGAUCUCUUAGCCUUUGGUCCCAGUCCAGUCUUGACGAUGAUAUUCGAGCUGAUCACUUCGCGCUGGAAGUGCGGACCGGUAGAGUGGAUCCCCGAGGACCCCACUAAACCCCCACUCAAGUUCUUUGGUUUUGAGCUGCGCUGGGAUGGUAAGGAUCUGUUGCUUGGCCAACAAGACUUCAUUCGGGAUGUGGCGACUAGGUACCCCGAGGCAACUGCCUCGUGCGUUCCUGCUACCCCGGGACCCUUGGAUGUAGAGGAUGCUUCCGAGCGUAGGCCCGAAGAUGUUUCUGCUUGCCAAACGGCGCUGGGCGAAAUCUUAUGGGUUGCAGGGCGCACUCGGCCAGACAUUAUUUUCGCUGUUUCCCGCCUUGCACAGACCAUGUCAAGGGACCCCGCUACGGUGAGAAAGAGAGUCAUGCAGCUCAUUGGUUACCUUGUCUACACGCAGGACCUUUGCCUCCGAUAUCGGGCUACGUAUUCUUGUCAGGGUGAACCAGGCGCUACUGCCACCCCGAACGCUGAAGGUGUGAUCGAGGCCAUGACAGACAGUGCAUUCGCGCCUGUAUGUGAGCGAUCGCAAGAGUCAACUUUGGUUUACACUCAAGGGUCUCUGACGGGGUGGAACACUGGUAGACAACCGUUCACUGCUGCGUCGACCGCGGAGUCAGAACUCUUGAGUUUGAUGACCGGAUUCAGCUUCGGUAGGGCCCAAACUUACGUCCUUCAGGAGUUUAUGGGUAAGGUGCCACGGUUGGUCGUGUUGAACGACAACAUGGCUUCAAUCUCUAUUGUAAAUGGCGACUCCAACGGGUGGAGAAGUAGGCACCUGAGAAUUCGAGCACAUGUGCUGAGAGAACAGGCCAAGCAAGGACAUGUCGUCGUGGGGCACAUAGAGGGGGCGAAAAACAUCGCCGAUGCAGGAACCAAGGCCUUGCCGUAUCCUCGUUUGAAGCUUUUGCGGGACGGUAUGGGUUUAGAUGCAGUUAGGAAUGUUCAUGAUGCGCGCCCAAAAGGAGCUACGAAGGUCAUUGAUCCAGCUUCCGCAGCCAAGAUUCAGGCCGUUGUGCUUACAUUGGCAGCCGUCACGGCAGAGGCUCAGCAAUCGCCAGAUGAACCAGAAGGUCACAGCCAUGAGCUAUGGUUUUUGAUGUUUCUGGUAUGCUGUACGUCUAUUGCUCUUUGGGAAGGUCUGAAGUGGGCAUGUCGUUGGUGUUGUAGGCGACGCAGAGUACAGAGGAGAGAGGUUGAGCGACAUGAACCAGAAGAGGAGCGUAGCUCAGAUGGGGAAAAUCAGCCUGAUGAUGAGGACGAACUUCAGGAGUUCUCGCCUCAGGCAGCGGACAGGGUAGAGGAUCAUGAUGUAGCUCGUGAGCUUACUGUGCCUCCUGAGGGGACGGUCGUUCGUUACGUUGACGAUGUGAUGUAUGUUGGCCCCCCUCCAGAAGAAGAAGAAGAGAGGUUGAGAAGAAGAAGACAGGGACAGAGAGUCUACCAUGAUGAGCCGGACUUUGAGCCAGCUGCUGUUGAAGCCUCCGGCCUACCGCCUUGGAAUGUUCAAAACCGGGUUCGUCAGGCUCUUGAGGCUCAACGAGACGCGAGGGGUUCGAAUGAAGGCCCAAACUGGAUGCCAAAUCAGUUUGUGAAUUACCCGGUCAUUCGGCUGCGUGCCGAUUGGCCUGCAUCAGAAAACCAACCUCCACUGGCAUACUUGGCUGCUUACCAGUCCGCUUGGGGUGGGUUAGCUUCAGCGCUGCAUCAGCUGCGGCCCAAUGAUGCUUACACGCGGGACGAGUACACAAGGCAUGACGCGAGACAGAAUGUGUUGAUUCGUUGGCACUUCGGAUGGCGUGUUAUGCUGUUUGAUCCCAAUCGCACUACAAGUCCGGUUGCUAUGAGCAGACUCACAGGAAGGAGACGUACGGUGAUCACAUACAGUGAUGGUACAGAGGAGCUGCUGGACGACAAUUUCCGGAUUGACAGUGCGAGAAGGAUGAUGGAUCAACAGUGGGUAGGAAGAACCGAGCUCGAGAUCCGCGAGGGGACAUGA